GGUUCCAAUGGCGGAUUUCAAUCAGGAACUCUCAGAUCGUUUAGAUAAAGUAUCACUCUCUACUAAUGAAGCCAAAAUCUUUGAUAUUGCGCAGGGUGACAUCAAACUCAGUAACGAAGAAUGCAACAGAAGCCUGUUCGGAAAAAUAAUCGGAGGUAGACCAGCAAGUUGGAUCGGUAUAAAACGUGCAAUGUCGCAGAUAUGGAAGCUAAAUCAUCCCAUGGAGGUCAAGGAACUCUGCCCAAAUUAUUUUCAAUUCAUAUUCCAGAACCGUGGUGAUAUGAAGAAGGUUGCCAAUGGCACAAAUUGGAGCUUCGAAAAUCAGUACAUUAUCCUUAAAGAAUGGGAAGCAAGUAUCAACAACAAGAAUCCAGGGUUUCAGGAACUCAAUCUAUGGGUGCAGGUCCAAAACAUUCCUCUAAACUGGAUCAGUACCGAAGUGGGAUUAAAGAUAGGACAGGCCUUCAAUAAAGUUAAGAAUAUGGUAAUUGCAACUACGGGGAAUCAUAGGGGCAAGAUUCUCAAGCUUCUAGUCACUUUGAAUGUGAAUGAGCCUCUUCCCAGAAUGGCUAAGGUCAGACUUGGAGACCAACUAGUUAAUGUUGGAUUUAAGUACGAGAAACUCAUCAACCUAUGUCACUAUUGUGGAAAAUUGGGUCACUUGGACAGAGGAUGUCUCAAAAAAAUGGAGGAUAUCAGAAACAACUCCCUCCAAGAGGGACAAUAUGGUGAUUGGAUGAGGGCAGCCGAUGGCUUCAGAGGGAGUACUUUCAGUUUAUCUGGUUCUAGAUCAUCUCCACCUCCAAAAUCUCUUAUUGCUACUGACAAUGGCACUUCCAAAAGAGCCUCAUCAAGCCAUUUAAUCAGAAAGACACAGAGGGAAGAAAUGUUGGCAGCUAAACAGAAAUGGGGAUCUCUUUGGUUCUCCAUUGGAGACUGUAAUGACAUCCUCUCAAACUCAGAGAAAUCAGGUGGAACCAACAGACCAACCCUUAGCCUUUUGGGUUUUAACUCUUUUGUAUCUGAAAUGGACAUGCUGGAAGUUCAAUCAAAUGGCUAUGCUUUUACUUGGAGUAACAACAGAGCUCCUCCUGCUCUGGUUGAAGAAAAGCUGGACAGAGCCUUUGGCUCUCUUGACUGGUCUCAUUCUUACCCCAAUGCAGUUGUAUCCAAUACCCCCAGAAGUUCUUCUGACCAUUCUGCUCUUCUCUUGAGCUUGGGACUUCCUCAAAUGAAAAGAAAGGCCAUUUUUCACUUUGAUAAAAGAUGGUUAAGCAUGGAUGGCUUUAAUGAUAUAGUUACUGCUGCUUGGAAAUCCCCAGUCACUGGUACCCCUUUUUUUCAGCUUAAGGAGAGGGUCAAGAAUACCAGGAUUGCUAUCCUCAUUUGGA